CUGUUUACCAAGGAUGGCCUUGAAACGAUGACGCGGUACGUGAUGGAGCAGCUGGCGUCGCUCGAGCUCCAGGUCGCACAGCAACUCUCAACAGGCAACAUGACGCUUCAGCCACCUCGAGGAUCACGCGGUGGCAGAAAGCCGUGCGACCGCGUUGCGUGGCGUCACGCCGACUGCCUGACGCCCGGAGUGCAACCUUCGCGCUGGCUCGCUGCCCUGUCGCGUCAUGUCGGCCCCUCCGUGAACGAGAACACCACUGUGUCAGUAUGGAAUUCGCGAUUCGGUGAAUCGCUCGGCAAAAUUCUGUCGCUUAACCCGAUCAACGUACUUCUGGACAUCAUUGGCUGGACCGUACUUCAGAUGCUGGGCUGGGCCGCUCAUCCUCUGCUGGCGUACGUGCGUUUGGGCGGUGAGGUGGACACCAAGCAGAGCACCCCCCCUUUCUGCCUGGCCGCCACCGAGGCUCUGCUCGGAGAGGCUGCUACGGCCACGCUGUUGGCCACGCACCUACCCGCAAGGCACAGGAUGCAGGUAAACGGCAUCCUGGAUUCUGUGGCCAAGAGCUUUUCCCAGAUGAUGCGAGCUUCAACGAGCGCACUCAGCCUUAGUCACGACGGCGACGUAGAUCCGACGCACAACGUCACCCUCUGGCUGUGGCCAAAAACGGCGUCGAGACUGCAGCUGGAACGAGCAUACGGCGCCAUGCCAGCGCCGCCCAGUUCCUCGUCGUUCUUGGACAACUGGUUUACCCUGGCCCCCGCUGCUGCCAGCUUGGCGAAGACGGCAGCGCUCGCCGGUGGCUCACCCAUGGGACCGUUCGGCUUCCGACCAUUUGCCUGGCACCAUCGUUACGAUGACGGGGACGCCGCAGUGAUUUUGCCCAUGUGGAUCAUGUUCCCUCCCAUCUACGGGCCAGGACUACCACCUGGCAUGGUAUUCGGUGGCGCCGGCUCGUUGUACGCGACGCUACUCGCCGAGGGCCUCCCCACGGCUCUCCUGGACAGCCUGGACAAGAGCAGCCACUACGCGUCGGCUCUGUGCUCGCGCAAGCAGGACCCGUGGCUGCGACGCGCCAUCGGCAUCGAGGCCGCCUGGCGGGCGCUGCGAAGGGCGCCCUCUGUCGACGUCGGCGGCAGCGGAGGCCACCUGCUGGGCCUCGAGGACUUCUCCGGCGCCCAGUUGUUCUUCCUGGCCGCUUGCCUCCAGCUUUGCGACGCUCCGCUGUCGAGGCGUGCCGAGUGCAACUUCGCGCUUCGCCAGUCGGACGCGUUCGCGAGCGUCUUCGCAUGCGCUGAGGGGUCUCAUAUGAACCCCAGAGACAAGUGCAGAGCGUGGUGAACUGGCGUCCGAAACAGAGCACUGCCGUCCGCUUAUCACAAACAUGGACUCCGCCUGCAGUGCCUGCUAUCCAUUGACUGAAAUUCAAUAACGGAGUUUUGGCUUAUUGUCCGUGCACUCCGUAUCUGCACGCACCUUUAGUACAAAAGCCAGGUAAAGGGGAAUGU